AUGGCUUCCCAUUCUUCGUGCAUAUUCUGUAAAAUCAUCAAGGGUGAAAUUCCUUCUUUUAAGUUAAUUGAAACAGCAAAGACUUACUCCUUCUUAGACAUUCAACCAAUUGCGGAAGCCCAUGUUUUAAUUAUCCCUAAAUACCAUGGCGCAAAGUUGCACAACAUUCCAGACGAUUAUCUUAGUGAUAUUUUACCAGUUGUCAAAAAAUUGACAAAAGUGUUAAAGUUGGACGAGAAUAACACACCAGAAGGAGAAGGUUAUAACGUCUUACAGAACAACGGAAGAAUUGCUCAUCAAGUUGUUGACCACGUUCAUUUCCAUUUGAUUCCGAAGAAGAACGAGGCCACAGGCUUAGGUGUUGGUUGGCCCUCUGAAGCCACUGAUUUUGACAAAUUAGGAAAAUUACAUGAGAAAUUAAAGGAAGAAUUGGCUAAAGUCGAAAACGAAAAGUUAUAG